CUAAGUUGCUGGCGGCUGCAGCUGGCUGCAGCUCGUCCAGGCUCUCGGGUGUUCACUCUGCAGCCAGAGCCCUGCCAGAGGCUACCACUGCCGAUAGGAUCACGGCGGCGCUGACCCACCAGAGCCACCUGAACCCCCUAGACCGCUGGCCCACCCGAGUCCACAUGGAGGCGCAGGGACACGAAGACCCGGGGGGCGCGCUGCGGGAACUGGCAGAAAAUCUAUUUCAGGAACUUCAAGAACAUUUUCAAGCUCUGACUGCAACAUUAAACCUCAGAAUGGAAGAAAUGGGAAACCGCCUCCAGGACUUGCAGAGGAAUGUGAAUGACUUAAUGGUGCAAGCCGGGAUCAACAAUGCUAUUAAAGAACAAAUGACAGGAGUGCGAUCUCUGGACACCUGUGACCCGGGUGAUGGAAGGUCGAUGCUAAUUGAUCCGAAGCACCCUGUUCACUCACCUUGAUGGUGAGUCCACCUUGACUCCAUCUGACUAAAAUCCUCUACAAGGGACCCCAUGAAAAAUGUCUGUUUCCCACUGUUACAGCUCUGGUUACUCGGCUCAGAUUGGACUCCGACAUGUGGCAACCAGCAGGGCAGCUGCCAUAGUCUGUGUGAGCCCCCAUGUUUCCACUGCCCAGAAAUGCACUAAGUUGCCUGUCUAGAAGCAGAUGGAGCCCUAGCCACAGCCAGCGAGUAGAGGCUUCAGCUCACGACCACAAAAUGGGAUUCAGCCAACUACCUAGGUGAGCCGUAUGUCUUCUUCCCCGACUGACUGCCUUUGAGAGACCCCAAGGAAACCUGCAGAACCUGCUCAGACUAGGACCUGCAGAACCCUGAGCUUACAAAUGGUGUUUUCAGCCACAAAACUUGUGCUAACUUGUCCCACAGAAUAUGAAGCUAAUACACACCCUACACAGUCCACCUGGACCAUCCUCACCAACAGGGGCUCUACUUGUGAAGUGAACAUUAAUACUGCUAUCCACCAACUUUUGUAGUAAUAAUAUCUAUGAAAUUUUGGCAAGCAUAGCAAUAUUAAAGGAUUAUUUCUUUCCUAA